CUAUAUGUGAAUUCAUAACUUUAAUAACACAGCAGAAUUUAAAUACGUGUCACACGUAGCUGUAGAUGAAAAUAUAAUGAUAACUAAAUGGAAACAACUUUUUUAAACAGGAUGACAUAAUACUAGUAAUGCGGAAAUAAAAGCAAACCGGCUUCUAGACGUCAGAGGAAGGGCGGAAGUUCCAGUCAGUCCUAUAGAGAAGUCAGCAUACCACAGAAGAAUAGAACCUCAUUCUCAUCAUGUCCAGAAGCUACAAUCCCUUCGAUGAAGAUGAGGACGAUGACUUUAAACCAGUGAAGUGGAACGAUGCAGCUGACCCUUAUGAAGACCCAGUAGAAAAAAGAAAGAGGGAGGCAGCUGACAAGCAGAGGAGUUUGCAGCAAGAGGUGACAAGGAGGGCAGAGUCCAUGGUUGACAGCAGCAACAGGUCAUUGUCACUAGUGUAUGAUUCUGAGAAGAUUGGGGUAGACACUGCAGAAGAACUUGUCCGACAAGGAGAGGCUUUGAAGCGGACAGAGAGGAUGGUCGAUAAGAUGGAACAGGACAUGAAAACUAGCCAGAAACACAUUAACAGUAUAAAGAGUAUGUUUAGUGGAUUCACAAACUACUUUAGGUCAAAACCAGCUGAAACACCUCCUGAAAAUGGAGCAUCCGAAUACAAAUCCAGUACAAAAUUAGAGGAAGCCUUGUCAAGCAGCAAAGCGCAGGAAGAUAAGUAUCAAGCUACACAUCCCAACCUGCUGAAAAGAGAAACUUUAGAGUCAAGCAAUAAUAUGGGAGCAUCCAGCUCUGGAUAUCAACACAAGAACCAGGUGCUAAGAAAUUAUCACCAGAAAGUCGACUCUAAUUUAGAUGACAUGUCUUUAGGUUUGGGUCGCCUGAAAAACCUUGCACUAGGACUUCAGACAGAAAUCGAUGACCAGGAUGAGAUGCUUGGGCGCCUAACUGGCAAAGUAGAUAAGAUGGACUUAAACAUCAAGACUACAGACAAGCGGAUUCGCGAAGAGCUAUAAAAGACAAAUUUCAGACUUGACCAAGACCGACUCUUGAGUUUUAUUCUUGUGGUUUUUAUAAUGUUAUGCAGUUUUUUUUUUUUUUGUUUUUUUUUAUACUGGGACAUAAAUAUCCCACACAUCCCUAUCUGAAUCUUAUAUCUUCUGUAUAACUAUACAUUACAUUCGUUAGCAUUAAAUGUAGAUGAUGUUUUGCAGUAUUAUUACUAAUAUAGAUCCUUAUUAAGAUAUAAAAAUGAAUUGUCUUACUAUUGGAAUUGUAUUGUAGUGAUUGGCAGUUUGUUAUAGCUCUGGAUCUGAAUAAAGUAUUUGAGUUCAUUUGCUAGGUAUUACCUUACUGCUAUAUGACAGAAUAGACAUAUGAACAUGCCUUUAUUAAAACUGCAAUAUUUUACACAUGCUCGUAACAUAGGGUUUAAUGGGCCCUGCCAUAUGCCACUUUCUUAUUACCCUUAUUAUUUUAAUCUAGUGUUCUGAAACUUUGUGUAUAAAUAUGUUUAUAAAUUUAUGUGACACUCCCGUAAACCAUACUGUGAAUAUUUUAUCAGUUUACUUGUUAAGUUAAAAAAAAAAGCCUAAUAAUCUUGCCUGUUAUUAUUUUAACUAACUUGUUUAAUAUAUUAUUUGCUUUCUGAUUUUGUGCCAUUUGUCUUCUUUAGACAAAUUUGAGUCUGUAGACUUGUUUCUCUGCCUGACAUUUCAGAUAAUUUAUUCAUACUCCCUUAUACUUAUUAAAUGUUUUGGACAUAGUAA